CAUCCAGCUACACCUCUCUGACUCAGCCUCUGCAUGAGUGGAUGGGUGCAUCCUUUUUCCAGCCCUCAGGUGUUUUUCACUCUGACUCCGCCUCCGUUAUGUGAAGCCUAUAUCUACAGCAGCAGACUGUGUGAUCUGGCAGAGCAGCAGAAGCAGUUCAGCAGGAGACCGAAGGUCAAUAAAGCAGCUAUUCAUCCUGAGAGCUGAGACACAAACAAGAGCACAAUGGCCGGUGAACAACGCUUUGUAAUCAGUGCCCGCAUUAUAGGAGCCGUCCACAGGGACACACCAAAACUCAGGAUGUUCAUGAUUUCUGUGUUAUGGUCUGAUGAGAUUGAAGUGAUUACCUACAGGUCCUUCCAGGAUUUUAAGGAUUUUCAUCGGCAGCUGAAAAAGAGGUUCCCUCUCAUGAACCCUUUCAGGAGAAACGACAGAGUGAUCCCCAAAUUUAGAGGGGGGUCCAGGAAAAGCAGCCUCCAGCAGAAAGGAUCCAAGCGAUCCGUCCAACGAAUGAAGUUCCUGGAGAGCUACUGCAACAAACUGCUGAAGUGCGAGCCAACUGUGACUCAGAGCUCAGAGGUGGCACAGUUCUUCAUGCCCAAAGACCAUGACCUGCAGCCAGACUUCACCAAGAACAGCAUCAUGAUCCUGCUGUGUGAGGAUCUGCCCGAUGGUGAAGGAGGCGGUGAUGUGACUCGCCAGCAGGCAGGAAACAUCACUCACCCGUUUGUCACCCAGACUUACCGCUGCGUGGCUGCGUACGAGACAAAGGAUACCAAGAACCGUCCGUUUAAAGUCGCUGUGGAUGAGAAACUGGAUGUGCUGAUCAAAGACCCUGCAGGUUGGUGGCUGGUGGAGAACGAGGAUAAGCUUUUGGCUUGGUUCCCUGCUCCCUACCUGGAGUUAUGGGAUGGAGAGGACGAUGAAAACGCUGGAUUCCAGCUUGCAGGUGCCCUGUACUGUGCUGUGAGGAGUUACUCGACUAAGAAGGAUGACGAGGUGUCUGUGCCCAUUGGCUCUGUGGUGGAGGUGCUGAGGAAGUCUGACAACGGCUGGUGGCUCAUCAGAUUCAACGGCAAGGCAGGUUACAUCCCCUCCAUGAACCUGCAGCCUUACAACAACCCACGGGCAGGCCUCUACAGCCUGCAGAGAAAGCUGCACAGCUCCACUCUGAACCUGGCAACCAGCAGGGAGCCUCAGGCUUCUCGUGCACCCAGCGUCAGUGAGGAAAUCAGCCCACGGCGGGGUUCUGCAGGUCAGUCCAGAGGAGAGCCUAGUGUGCUCUGGCGUCUCCACAAGGCCCGAUCCCUGGACGUCCUCUCUGAGACCCGCUCGCAAACACAAAUGGAGAGGGACGUCUCGACCUCAGAUCGCCGUGCACGCAGCACGAGCAGCACAAGCAACACAAGCACCGAGACCAGCUUCUCCAGCUUCUCCUCCAGCAGCGACUCAUCCUCAAGUUUAAAAAAGGAAGCGCAGCGUGAGAGCUGCACAGGCAGUCCUGCAGCCUCACCCCAGCCUGGUGUCAGCGACAGUGGGAGCAGCUUCCCUGAUCUCAGCCUCUCGGACCGCCGCAGCUCCAACACUAGCUCUGAGAGCUCUGGAUCUGUCAGCCCCAAAGGCAGUGAGACGGCCUCAAACGCUCCCAGGGUGCCACCCAGACCCAAAACUGAGGAGAUCCUGACCCGCUGCACCACCAUGACCCGCAAGGCAGCCCUGGCAACCAAGACCCGGCUUCAGAUUCAGCCGGAGUCCAUCCACAGCCGCUAGGGAAUCACAAGCCUCUGAUUUAUAAUGUAUUCAUGUAACAUACUUAAUCUGUUCGACCCCACAGGGUCUGUCAGUCAAAUGGGUGACAAGAUAAAUGUAUGCUGAAUACUGUGAGAUGAUGUUUAAAUAUGUCCUAUUUGAUCAAAUGGAGCAUGGCACCUUAGGGUUGAAUAUUUCACUGUGUAAGAAAAAUAAUAAUAUUAAUAAUAAUGUAGCUUCAGUGAAGCGUUAGAAGGAACAGGUACAAGAAGAUGUAUGUGACAUUGUCAUGAAAAAUUAUUUUCUCUUACUUUGAAGCCACUUAAAGGUAAAUUUAUGUGGGUUGUUGGAGUUGAAGUAGGCUAAACAACAGCUAAGAACACCUCGAUGAAUAGACUGAAUGCCAGUAUGAAGGCUUUUUGAUCAACUUCCAAGUUAGGACAUUGAAAUCUGUGUAUGGAAAGAAUUAUCCUGUCAGAACAUGUUCUUAAUCAAUGAUUACCUUACAUUUCUUUUUUGUUGCUUUAUUGUAUGAAUAUGUAUUUUGCGUAUAUUGUCCACGGUAUGUGCUGCAUUAUAACCUGUUCACAAUGCAGCUUCAUUAUGUAACUUUAACAUAAACAUGUCAAUAAAAUCUCAUUUACACGAC